UACAUCUGGCACAUCUGGUACAACCACACAAAGCAGAGGCGUUGAAAUAUCAGAAAAUUCUCCUCCCCUACGAACGGAACUAUCUAGUGGCUCCUCGUCAGUCCCUUCUAAAAUUUGGGCCAAAUACGCAGACAAUCAACCAGUGAAAAUUGCUUUCGAUGGAGAAGAUGUACACGACUUAAAAAAAGCGAUUAUGAAGGAACUGCCGAAUCAACUAGGUGGUAUUGAUACUUAG